AGUUUACUGAUUAUACAAUCACCACAUUAUGCUUAUGCUUGCAUUUAUAACUUUCUUUCUCAGUUUUGUUUUGUUAUGGCUAAUGUUUUGUUUGAUACAUGUUCAUGUAGAGAAUCCGUGGAGGUGAAUUUGGAGUUGAGAGAGAUUAGUGUGUAAUGGCUAUCGACAAUGGCAAGCUUCAAGAAGAAGAAGCCUCAGCUGUUACUCGUUUCUAUAACAUUAUUUUGGGUUGGGACUAUAAACAGCUUACUAAAGAGAAUGAGAGAAAAAAUAGAAAGGAUUCUAAAGAGAAGUUGAAUGUUGUAAAGAAUACUUAUAAAGAUGUUGAUGAUUAUUUCGAGACUUUUGAACCAUUGCUCUUUGAGGAAGUUAAAGCUCAAAUUUUGCAGAAUCAAGAUGGUGAAGAAGCAUCGGUGUGUAAAAUGAGGUUGGUAAUGGAGUGCAACGAGGGUGAAGGGUUUCACUUUCUGCUAGUCACAUACGAACAUGAGGAGGAUGAAUAUCUUGCUCAAAAUGAUCUGUUAUUGCUAUCAAAAGAAGAGGUUAAAGGGAAUUCAUUUCCUUCAUCUUAUGGGUUUGCUGUAGUGGAACAUCGUCAAAAUAAUCUUCUUCGUCUUCGGAUGUAUUUAGCUGAAGACAUUGUGCAGAUAACCAAAAAUACUAAAUCCUCUAGAACAAAGUCAUUUAUCCAAGCGCUUUCAAAUAUGCGUUCUCUUAUUACAUCAUCUGCCAGCCCUAUAGACAAAAGGGUAUUCAGUUUAAAGUUAUGUGGUUUAUCAACCAUUAUUCGGGAAUAUAUAGCACUACGAUCAGUUAGUUCACUCCCUUUCAAGGAUUUAAUCUUCACUGCAGCAGAAAAAUCUUGUGGUUUUGGAGAUGAGGCAUGGAAAAUAUCUGGACCUCUGAAUGAAUUCUUUAACGAAACUCUCAACAAAUCCCAAAAGGAGGCAAUUGAUGUUGGUCUAUCAAGAAAAUCCUUUGUCUUAAUACAGGGUCCUCCAGGUACUGGGAAAACUCAGACGAUUCUUAGCAUUCUUGGUGCUAUUAUGCAUGCCACUCCAGCAAGAGUCCAGUCUAAGGGUACAGAGCAUGAAGUGAAGCGUGGUAUUCAGAUGACCAUCCAGGAGAAAUACAAUCACUGGGGAAGAGCCUCUCCUUGGAUUUUGGGUGUCAACCCUCGAGAUGCUAUUAUGCCUGAAGAUGGUGAUGAUGGUUUUUUUCCAACCUCAGGAAAUGAAUUGAAACCGGAGGUGGUUAAUGCAAGUCGGAAGUACAGAUUACGUGUACUUGUCUGUGCUCCAUCAAACUCUGCACUUGAUGAGAUUGUGUUGCGGCUUUUGACUACGGGUCUUCGUGACGAAAACGCCCAGACAUACACACCCAAAAUAGUACGAAUUGGUCUCAAGGCACAUCACUCCGUUGCGUCAGUAUCGCUGGAUCACCUCGUGACACAAAAGCGUGGCUCUGCCAUCGAUAAACCAAAACAAGGGACCACAGGAACUGAUAUAGAUAGUAUCCGCACUGCAAUUUUGGAAGAGGCUGCGAUUGUAUUCUCUACCCUUAGCUUCAGUGGCUCUGCACUUCUUGCUAAAUCUAAUCGUGGUUUCGAUGUCGUUAUAAUAGAUGAAGCUGCACAAGCUGUUGAGCCAGCAACUCUUAUCCCUUUGGCCACCAGGUGCAAACAAGUAUUUCUGGUAGGGGAUCCAAAACAACUCCCAGCUACUGUAAUCUCAACUGUUGCUCAGGAUUCUGGGUACGGUACAAGCAUGUUCGAGAGACUUCAAAAGGCUGGCUAUCCGGUAAAAAUGUUGAAGACCCAAUACCGGAUGCAUCCAGAGAUAAGAAGCUUUCCGUCAAAGCAAUUCUAUGAAGAGGCACUAGAAGAUGGAUCUGACAUUGAAGCUCAGACUACUCGUGACUGGCAUAGAUACCGGUGCUUUGGUCCAUUUUGCUUUUUUGAUAUACAUGAUGGGAAAGAGUCUCAACAUCCAGGAGCAACUGGUUCUCGGGUAAAUCUAGACGAGGUGGAAUUUGUUCUUCUCAUCUACCACAGACUUGUAACCAUGUACCCGGAGCUUAAGUCAAGUUCUCAGCUAGCUAUUAUAUCGCCAUAUAACUACCAAGUAAAAACUUUCAAAGAUCGGUUCAAGGAGAUGUUUGGUACGGAAGCAGAAAAAGUGGUUGAUAUCAACACUGUUGAUGGGUUCCAGGGAAGGGAGAAGGAUGUUGCAAUAUUUUCCUGCGUCAGAGCUAACGAUAAAGGACAAAUCGGUUUUCUCUCUAAUUCUCGGCGUAUGAAUGUGGGGAUUACACGAGCCAAGUCUUCUGUAUUGGUCGUUGGUUCAGCUGCAACAUUGAAAAGUGAUCCGCUUUGGAAAAACCUUAUCGAAAGUGCUGAGCAAAGACACCGAUUAUUCAAGGUUUCAAAGCCAUUGAACAAUUUCUUCAGCGAGGAGAAUCUGGAGACGAUGAAAGUGACAGAGAACAUGGAGAUCCCUGAUGCACCGUUGUAUGAAGACGAAGCUCCUCCAGUGGUACCAUAUGGUGGAGAUGAUGACUUUGGAGAUGGUGAUGCUGAUCAAGACGAUGCAGCCAUGGCCGAAGAUGACUAAACACUAAAAACCUUUCCGUUAU